CAUUUCUCGGUGCACUAGCAGCGCGAGCACACGGUCCCGAUCGGAGCAGAGCAGAACGGACCACGACUGACGCCGACGACGCGAGCGCGGAUAGCUUUCACCAACUCAUCCCUCAUUCUUCUCACGCGAAGAGACACGAACGGCAGAAACGGCUACGGCAACGGAACGCCCCGCCUCUUGGACUCGGAGUCGAGAAUGUCGCUGAAGUGGAUCGUUCCGGUGGUGGUAGUGCUGGCCGCCGCCGCUUGGUCGAUGGGCGAGCAGCAGACCCAGCCACAAGGCCCGGCGGAUGAGGUGCAGCUGCAGGCCGGUGGCAAUCUGGCUGACCAGCACAAAGCGUUGGUACUGCAUGUGCUGGAGCAGCGUGCUGCCAGCGUACCGGCCGAGAACGCGGACACGGUGGCCGCAAUCCUGGGUGAAUCGGAACAUCAGUUGGAGGCGUGUGCGGCGGCCCUCGCCGUCCACCAGCAGGUCUGGCAGUACAAGGUGUGCACCUCAGCCGUCCAGCGCCAGGGGAUGGCCGCCCUGAACGCGCUCCAGGCGACGGCCGGUGCCGUCUGAGGACGUCCGAAGUUGCUCGCCGAACUCCGACUCGACUCCGAUUACUGUCAAGCGCUCAGUGGUGCCCCCCUCUCCCGGUGGUAACCCAGUCGUUGGAAGUGUAUCUGCUGCGGUGGACGAUAGAUGCAUAAGGCGCCCUCACCCAGGCGGUUGAGAUAGGGGGCAGUGAUGAUGUCAAGGAGCGAAUCGCGGGAGGUUAAAAUGAAAAUUAAAUCGGACACAACUAUCUCGGCUUUCACCACUA